AUGCCGAUACGAUGGUAUCAAGCAAAGCUGGCAAAGCGGCCGCUGUUGACCCAGUCCGUUACCACUGCUGUGCUUUUUGCCGCCGGCGACACACUUGCACAGCAGGCCGUGGAACGAAAAGGAUUGAGAAAUCAUGACGCCACUCGGACAGCUCGAAUGGGCUUAUAUGGCGGCUUUGUAUUCGGACCAGCAGCCACCAAGUGGUAUGCCUUCCUGCAGAAGCGUAUCAACUUCCAAUCACACAACGUCACAAUACUGGCGCGAGUCGCCGCGGACCAAACCGUCUUUGCGACCUGCAACCUUGCAUUCUUCCUCUCGACCAUGUCGGUAUUGGAAGGAAGUGACCCCAAGGAGAAACUUGCCAAGAACUACCUUCCAGGGCUCAAGGCAAAUUGGGCACUAUGGCCCGCAGUCCAGGCUGUGAAUUUCAAGCUAGUGCCUCUUGAGCAUAGGGUUCUGGUCGUGAAUGUUGUGAGUCUAGGCUGGAACUGUUUUUUGAGCUAUCUCAACAGCUCGAAAUGA